AUGCAUUUCCCCAACGUUCUUCUUUCCAUUGUCGCCGUGGCCUCGGUUACUACUGCCACUCUCUCGGAACGUACGUACGGCGAGCCCAUUUCGCACGAAGUCCGCGAGUAUGCGCAGGCCCAUGGGGACAUGCUCGCUUCCCGCGACGAGUACAUUUCGAAGCGUGACCUCUUCCGUCGUCUUGGCGGCCCCACCGUCUGCAGAGGCCAGACUAAGCCCUACGACUGCUCAGAGGCAGUUCCAGGGCCAGAUACUUGGGCUCAGAGGUGGCGAAAGUGUGGAACUUGUGAUAAGAAGGCUAAGCCUGGUUCCAAGUGCAACUGCUGA